AUGUGGAAAUCUCGAGCGCGACAACCCGCGACAAACAUUGUCACCGUCUCACGUCGCCUUCCCAGGAGUACUCGGCCUGCCGCCAUUACUUGGAGAAGAGGUUAUGCUAGUCAUGGUCCUCAUGCAUCUGAACAGCCUGGGUCCUCUUCACGUUGGCUUAAGACUUCCCUAGGCCUUGCGGGAACAGGCGCUGCUGCUUUCCUUGUCUACACCUAUGCGACAUUCGAUAAGAAUCAAGCCGGAAGUCAGGCAGACUUGAAGACUCAUGAUCUCUCACGAGCGACUGAAAAACUGGACUCGCAGUAUGUUCAACACAAAAGAAGCUUAAAAAGCCCUGGCGUAUAUGUAUGGGGCACGAACUCCUCUCGUGUUGUGGACCCCAACUCCAAGGAGACUGUUAUCAAAGCCCCUCGGAGGUUUCGUUUUUUUGACGGCCAGGUGCUAAGAGACCUUAAGCUUUCUGACAAGUCUGGUGCAGCGAUUUCUGAAAAUGGUGACCUCAUUCAGUGGGGUAAAGGCUAUUCAGAGUCCGACUUUAAGCCCACAAAGACUUUGACAGGAAAGAAUUUGACUUCGCUUUGCAUGUCAAAUAAUCGAAUACUCGCCUUGUCAUCAGACGGCAGUGUUUACUCUCUUCCAAUUGCCAAGGAUGAUCAACAGUCCGGCCGAAAACCUAAAGAAAGCUCCUGGGUGCCUUUCUGGUCUGGAAAAUCUGGACUAGGUGAGAAGAUCACUAUGCUCCGCGGCGGAUUAGAGCAUGCCCUUCUUUUGACGAAUCACGGUCGCGUCUUCUCUGUCGCUUCUUCUACAGAGAGCUAUCCAUCUUUCGGACAGCUUGGCGUCCCAGGGCUGACUUGGGCAACCCGACCUAAGGGGCCAGUCGACAUGUGUCAUGAGAUUGAGGCAUUCAGGGGCACUAGGAUUACACAAAUUGCUACUGGAGACUACCAUUCCCUGGCUCUAAGUAAGGAUGGUAACUUAUUUACUUUUGGAGAUAAUUCCUUUGGGCAAUUGGGUAUGGCAUUUGACGCCACACUGCCUUUUAGUGACACCCCAACCUCUGUGCCCAUCAAAAAGCUUUAUAAGGGGAAUAUCUGGUUUGCCAAGGUGACUGGAAUUGCAGCCGGUGGUGCUAACAGCUUCUUUACGGUGGAUGCACAACGGAUUGUUGGUCCUGGUGAAGACCCUUCCACUAUCCGCGAUUUGGACCGCAUUACGGCUGAUACCUGGACAUGCGGAAGAGGAAUUUGGGGUGCUCUUGGCAAUGGAAAAUGGACUCAUAUGCAAGACGCACCUACCAAGGUCAAGUCCUUGAGUGGUUUAUUUGAGUAUGACGAACGGAGGAAGAAACUGACGCCUAUUCGCCUUCGCGAUCUAUCAGUGGGGACGACGCACGUAUCAGCAGUAAUGAACAACGAUGCUCAUAUCGAUUCAUCUCCUAGCAAGUCUUUGAACGAUGCCACCAAUUUUGGGUUCGAUGUGCUCUUUUGGGGAGGGAACGAGCAUUUUCAACUUGGCACGAGCAGGAGAAGCAACCAAUCCAAACCAACACAUAUCAACGCGCCUCCAGAAGAUAAAGGAGAGCUUGCUGAGCAGGAGGCACGGCUUCAGGUCAUGCCUCGUCACAAGGGAAAGGUUGGCUCCCGCACAGUGAAUAUGGAGCAGCGCAACCAAAAGCGAGGUCGCCGAGCGGCCGAAAAGGCCGAGAAAGAUGCUGCGAAACGGAAACGAGAGGAAGCUCCCGAAGAUUCGCUGUCAAAACGGUUGAAGCCCUCGACGGACGAGGCGAACGAAAUCAAUCAAGGAGCCGACUACAUACCUUUCGACGAGAAUUACAGUGAGAACUACGACGGAAACUACGAUGAGAAUCAAAUUGAUGCGCCUGCGGGUGAUAUGCCCUUUUAUGGUCUUCUCGACCCCGAAGAACAGGAGUAUUUCUCUCGAGCGAACGAGGUUUUGGAAUUGAACCAAUUCCAGGAUGCAGAGGAGCGGAGGAUAUUCGUCGACAGUGUCUAUAGAGAGGCCGAUGGGAAGGAGUUGAAAAUCGCUUGCAGUCAGGGAUGCUCACGGCUUAUGGAGAAACUAAUAUCGAUGUCGGAUAUGCGCCAAAUUCACAGGCUGUUUAACAAAUUCAUCGGUCACUUCCUGAAUCUUGUGCAGCAUCGGUUUGCUAGUCAUUGCUGUGAGACUCUCUUUGUCAAUGCCGCACCCGGUAUAACGCAGAAGGCCUCGAAGUCGAAAAGCGAUAAAAUGGAUAUAGACGAGGAAGGAGAGGAGCUCGAGCCUGAACUGUCGUUGGCGGAGAUGUUCAUCAAGGUGGUCGAAGAAUUGGAGGGCAACUGGGGUUACCUACUGACAGAACGAUUUGCGUCACAUACAAUCAGAGUUUUGCUUCUUGUGCUUGCGGGAGAACCGGUGGACGUUUCAGCGAACGACUCGGUUAUUGCAAGCCGUAAGAAAGAGAAAUUGGGUCUACUUCAGGGAGAGACGCAGGAUGGGGAUGCCCCUGCGCAAAAAAGAAACGUACCGGAUGCGUUCGAGGCUACUUUGAAGAAGAUUAUGAAGGACAUGGUCUCUGUACUUGAUGAUACAUAUUUGAGAGCACUUGCGACUCACCCUGUUGGCAAUCCAGUACUUCAAGUCUUAGUGUUUCUGGAGCUCUCGCAUUUCGGAAAAUCGAGUGCCAAGGAUCCCAAUUCUAUAACAAGACGACUAAUUCCGGAUGAGAGCUUUGAGGAGGGUUCUGAGACCACAACGUUUGUGCGCGGAUUACUCUAUGACCCAGUUGGAUCUCGGUUACUCGAGACCAUUGUGCGUUGUAUGCCCGGAAAGGCAUUCAAGGGCCUUUACAAGAAUUUCAUCCGCGACCAAAUCACUUCAUUUGCCCGCAAUAUCACCGCCGGCUAUGUUGUACUUCGAGUGCUGGAGAGACUCGGAAAGGAUGAUCUCCAACAAGCCUUGGAGCGAAUUGUUCCUCAGGUCCCCAGUCUUCUUGAGCGGUCAAGGAUGGUCGUUCCCAAGGUGCUUAUUGAGCGGUGUCUAGUCCGUGGAGUUGACACAGCACCCCUUGCUCGGGCACUAGAGGAAUCCUACGAUAAAGACCCUGCUCGGAGACUGGAACAAAUUUUGCGGCUUGAGAGCACAACCCAGGAGGAACCCGAAGAGUCAGAGCAGAAACCGAAGGCAGCCAAUAUUGCUCCGAGCCAAUCAUUAACAGGAGAAAAACUCCAUGGUUCGCUACUUGCACAGACAAUGCUCACUGCUCCUGGACCGAUCAGCGGACUUAUUUAUUCGAGUCUGUUGGCGCAAUCCUCGGAGUCACUCGUUAAAAUCGCCAAGGAUCCUACUGCAUCUCGCGUCAUACAACAAGCUCUUACAGUUCCGACAUCUACCACUCAAUUCCGUCGACAGUUUGCCCCACGAUUUACCAGUCAUUUGAAGGAGCUUGCCCUCGAUAGCAGCGGAUCCCAUGUGGUAGACGCACUCUGGCCUGCCACCAAGGACAUUUUCUUUAUCAAGGAGCGAAUGGCACAGGAGUUGACCCAGCAUGAAAUGGCGCUUCGGGACUCUUUUGUCGGCCGUGCUGUCUGGAGGAACUGGGCGAUGGAUCUCUACAAGCGACGACGGGGCGAAUGGGCUGUGAAAGCCAAAGGUAUUGAUAACAACAAUAGCACCGGUGAAAGGCCCAAGUCUAGGAUCGAACUCGCACGGGCUAAUGCGGUCGAAGACCUCCUGAUUCCCUUUAUCCGGUCUGCAGAUGAAGAUCCCCUAGGCCAGAAGGCAUUGGAAAAUGGCGUCAAUGGAACCAACGGCAGUCAUAACAACGUCAAACUAUCGGGCACUUCGUUGGUGGACCACAAGAAACCGGACGAACUGCAGAGCAUUCUUCAAUUGGAACUGCCAGAGCAAGGAACGGGACAAGAUGGCCUGGUCGAGGCCCUGCAGAAGGUCUUGAGAUACUCCGUCAACACCUGGCAUCAGGGCUUUCUUGACAAGCUGUAUGCAUCCACCAACGCCCCGGGUGUAGCUUCCGAGCUUAUCCUGGCUGCCUUGAACACAAACGUCCACGUCUACCAGGUCUCGCCCGCAUUGACUGUCAUUGAGAAGUUCACCGGGAAACAGCUGGCUUCGCUUUUUGGACUCAACGGUCUACGAGCAGGAGGAAUAUCGGUCCAAGGUGGUUCUGCCUCGAACACAACAUCGAUUGUCAUUGCGCGCAACAAUCUUUUCCCUGCCACGAAAAGAGACGGAAACGGUGAUUACCGAUUUGUGCUGUUCACCAGUGCCCAUGGCCAUUACAGCAUUGAGAAGGCAGCACAGAUGCUAGGACUUGGGAGUAGCUCGGUUUGGUCUGUACCUAUCGACAAGCAAGGACGCAUGAUUCCAGCGGAGCUGGAGAAUCUAGUUCGAAAAGCUCUAACGGAGAACCGUACCCCGUUCUACGUCAAUGCGACAGCGGGAACAACUGUCAUGGGAUCUUUCGACCCGUUUGACGAAAUUGCCGCCAUCUGCAAGAAAUACAAUCUGUGGUUCCAUGUUGACGGCUCCUGGGGUGGCUCGUUUGUUUUCUCCAAACGCCAUCGACAGAAGCUCGCCGGCGCAGAAAAGGCAGACAGCAUCGCGAUCAACCCUCACAAAAUGCUCGGUGUGCCGGUGACCUGCUCGUUCCUCCUUGCGGCUGAUUUGCGUCGCUUCCACCGUGCAAACACCCUUCCUGCUGGGUACCUGUUCCACAACGAAGACACCGAGCUUCCCGAAGCCAGCGGUUGUAAUGGCACCGUCGAGUCCGAACUCGGCGUUGACUCGCCCGAAGUAUGGGAUCUGGCAGAUUUGACCCUCCAGUGCGGUCGACGCGCCGAUUCCCUCAAGCUCUUCCUCGGCUGGACUUAUUACGGGACAGCGGGAUACGAGAAGCAGAUCGACACUGCCUGCGACAUUGCGGCGCAUCUUGCAACCCUCGUCGCCGAGAACCCGAACUUCAUCCUUGUCAGUGAGAAUCCUCCUCCAUGCCUUCAAGUUUGCUUCUAUUACGCCCCCGGCGGGCAAUUCCUCCAUCCUCGUGGCAUCGUCUCGAACGAAGCCGAGCGCGGCAAAGCGAAUAGCAAGGUCACUGAGCAGGUGACGCAUGCGAUUGUGAGCAAGGGCUUCAUGGUUGACUUUGCGCCACCCAGCGGUGAUGAGGAUGCUGUCGGGAAUGGGAAGUUCUUCCGUUGCGUAGUCAAUGUGCAGACUACAAAGGAGACCGUCGAGGCGCUUCUGCGAGCAAUUGAAGAGGUUGGUCCGGGUAUAAUUGAGAACAUGAAGGUGCAGAAUGCUCCAAGGAACUUUAACAGGCCAGGAGAAAGGGGCCACGGUCCAGUUGUUCACCACCCUUGA